ACAUCAUGGUGAUGUUGUCUAAUUUUCCAUGUUAAAUCUCCUUUUAAUUCUCUAGGGGGUGGUUUGGAUGAGGGUUUUUAAUUUGAGAGAUUUGGCUCUAAAUCACUCAUUUAAAAUACCUAGAAAUUUAUAUGCAGGAUUUGUUUAAAUUAACUCGUUUGGAAACUAACGAGAGAUUUUAAUAGAGAAACCAGAAAUACAGUUUUGCCCCAUAUGUUCCUCAAACAAACUCCGCCAACAUAACAUUAGAACUCUCGACGUUGAUUGGAAUCGACACCGCCAACAUCGACAUCUGCCUAGCAUCGUUGACUCCCUCCAACAAAGAUGAAGGGAUGUGGGUUGCUUGACGAAUCCCCUAAAUCUGGCCUUUAUCCCCCUUCUAUUGUUUGCAAAAAUAAUAACCCCCAAACAAGCUCUGUAUUUCUACAACGAUUUCACAGUCGUCGAUCAUCGACGAAUCUCUCUACUGAAGAGCAGCAGCUGCGCAAGAACAUAGCAGAAGACAAAAGGCGAUUAUUAUGGUUGUGGGCAGAGAUCAAGUGAGUUGGGUUCUUGAUUCCAUUUUGGAGGAGGAGAAGCGCAAUCGACGACCGCUGAAUUUAGAAACCGAGUUUGAUUAUCGUUGGUGGAGGAAGAAUGAAAAAGGUGCGUUGCUGGAGGAAGAAUGAAGAAGGGUCAAAGAAUGAAGAAGGGUUCGUUGCUGGAGGAGGAAUGAAGAAGGGUUUGCGGAGGAAGAAUAAAGAAGGGUCGUUGCUGGAGGAAGAAUGAAGCAGGGUUGGUGGAGGAAAAAUGAAGAAGGAUUCAAGAAUGAAUAAGGGUAAGUUUUGGAAAAAUGAAUUAAAGAAUGAGAGAUUUCAAAAUAGCUGAUGGUCAUAAGCUAUUUCACAAUCCGACAUAUAUGGGUUUUUGAAAUCUCUAAUGGCCACAGUCCCUAAUUUGUACAGCUCUUUCCAAACGUGUUAUUUGAUUAAAAUCCUUCAUUGUAUGAGAUUGUUUUAAAAUCCCGCAUCACAAUUCUUCAACAAUCCUUCAUCCAAACGACCGCUUAUAUUAUAUUAUAUUAUAUUAUAGAUGUUUCAUAUUAGUUAAAUUUAGUAAUUCUAAUUCUCUUUCUAUUGUCAUAUUUUCUUUUCUACAUCUUUUACUGAAUGCUGUAGCUUUUAUAGUUCAUUUUAUUGCUUGGUUACUUUUCGUCUCUUUUCGUUCUAAAUAUUUUUCAAUUACUGGAAUAUGUUUUAUUCCUUAUGAUUGUGUUCCAUUUAUCUUUCUUUAGUUUUGAUGUAUUGAUGAUCGAUUAGGUUCUAUUUUAACUAUUUCUAAUGGUGCUUCUAAUUAAAUUAGGGUGUUUAAAUAGAUAUUUUAAUAUUAAUUUUAAAUAUUUAUUAUUAUAUUGUAGUAUAUUUAUUAAUUUUCUUAAUAUUCAUUUAUUAUUUUUACUAAUUUAUCUAUUAUAUUGAAAAACUUUAAUUAGCCAUUUUAGUAAUAAUAUGUUUAGAAGGUUUUCUAAUUUUUAUAUGAGAUAAAAACUUGUUGAAAUAUAGUUUGAAUAUUUUUAAAAGUUUUGGGUACCAAAAUGUAAUUAAAAUUUGAAUUUGUAUGGAAAAGUAGAUGGAUACACAUUUUGUUGACUUUAAAGGUACCCGGCGCCCUAUUUAAACUUAAGUGGUAUAUCUACCUCAAUUCUCAAACUUAAGUGAUACGAGGUAUCUUAUCUUUAAUUGGUUCCUCUAAAACAUGUUCCUUUGUUUGCUAGGUUGCAAGUGAACACUUCCCUCAUUUGCUUUGAGAUUCUCUAUUUGGUCAUGAACUUCCUUCAUUUGAGCUUCAUAUAUCUUCUGAAUCAUACUAAGUGUAUGUUGUUUUGAAGUAUUGAGAUUCUCCAUUACAUGUUUGGCCUAUAUUAAAGAAUUCAAAAAUUCUAUUGAACAUUCAUAUAAAGAAUUCAUACCAUUCAUACCAACAUGAAGAGUGUGGUGGUAGAGGUUUUAAUAGAGAUAUGAUUCUUGAUGUUGUGGUUGCAACCAUUUUGUAGGUCAAUAACCUUGUUAUUGAUAUAUGUUUUUGAACUUGUUGCAGUGCUUAUGUUGUGAUUACCCAAUAUAGGCGAUAAACCUAAAAUUGGGUACUUGAGGAGUUAUGUGUUUACUUAUGUACUUAAAAUCUCCUAACCUAUGAGUUUGGUAGUAACAAUAUAUGCAGUAGUACAUGUUAAGAUGGAACGGCUAAUGUGGUAUAUCAACUCACAGUCAGAUUUUGAGGACAAAAUCUUUAAAGGAGGGGAGAAUUAUAACAUCCCGUUCCGGCUAAAUUCGUAUUACGGUCGCUAGAAAAUUUUAAGAUUAAACCUAACAAUUGUUUGAGUUUCGGUGAAACACAUUAAAAGUAUCUAGUCUUUUCUUACAACAUAGUCCCCCAAUUAGCGAGCUUGUAGUGAACGGUUGGUCAAAGAAUUUCUUGAGCUUCUAGUCAGAAGAAUUGGCGUUCGGUGGACCGGAAACCAAAUUAAGCCAGAAUUUUAUAUACAAGUUUCUUACGAUGGGGUAAUAAAUUUUUUAGUUUUAAUCUAUGAAUUUCGAUAAUUAUCUAGGUCGGAGUCGGAAUCGUUGAAUUUAGCUCCAACAAGGGUUUUGAUGUGUUUUUAUCAAGAAUUUGACUCAGAUUCUAGUAUUAACAUUGACGGGGACCCUGCAGGGGAUAUUAAGACAAUCUCGGAUUUUGAUUCUAGGUUUGUUGGUGAAAAUUGAGGUUUUGGUACGGGAGGCUAAAACCAGUGUUUGAACAACCAGAACUGGUGAGGGAUUAACACGGCAUACCGUGUUUGUCGUAUCAUGAUAAUUACAUUUUUGGUUACAAAUGACCUAGGUUAACUAGAAUGGCACAAUUAGGGGGUGUAUGGACUUUUAUGCUAUAUGAUGAACCGUGGACUGCUAGGUGAUAUGAUUGCCUUACUUUAAUUGUUAGGGACCAUUUUUAUGUUGAUAAUUGCAUAUAUAUAUAUAUAUAUACAUAUACAUAUAUAUAGGCACAAAAAGGAAUGCACCAUCUUAGGGUUUAUAGAUUAUGAUUUAGAUAAUUAUGACCUAGGGUUCACUCAUUAAGGGUUAGGGUAUAAUAUCAUACACAAAAAUCCUGGUAAUUCGAGGUCUAGAUAGUGUUUACAUACUCGAGAUAUGCGGUACCCCGGAUUUCACCCGGGGUACCAUAGAAGCCACCACAUAUAUAUAUAUUGCUAUUUGUGGGGUUAACUGUUGAUAUGCCUUAUGUUGAUUUGAGAAGGUGUUUGAUUAUGAGUUUUGUUUUCCGGCGAGAAAACUUGUGUUGAAUCGAAUUGAUUGCACCUUUUACCUCUUUGGACAACGACUAAGACAUGGCUCACUCCUCUUCAAACAAGGUUCGAAUGAGGGUGUUUGAUUGAUGGUGAAAGAAACCUACAUAUUCUAGGUAAAGUUACUCCUACUCCUUUGGAGGUUCAGCGAGACCUCCAUAUAGGCAAGUACGACCAAGGCUGCAUUGUAGAGAAAUGAUAAAGUUAUAGGGUGUCAAAUGGUUGGUUGUGGAUUUGGAGAACCCCUUCUCUGUCAAGUCCUCCUCCUAUUUACAGCCUUGAGGUGGUAACUGUCGUAGAAAAACCGUCUAGAGAGUAAAUUCGGUCUGCAGAGUAACUUCCAAAAAGAACUUCUUCCAUUCUUCCUCGGACAUGGCUGACGUGUCCUUGAACGUGGAAUAAUCGACGGUUGCCCAGUUAACCUCAUGCUUUCUCUUUUGGAAGUGACGUCUUGUUACUUACCUCCCCUUUACCAUGACCAUUCCAAAUCUUACGACGAGGGCCUUCUAAAUCACACGACCGACGUGGUCUACCGAACUCGCGACGAACAUUGUCUAGAUCUCGCGACCAAUGAGGUCUAUCAAACUCCACGCGACAAUGCCCACUCGCGACCAUCGUGGUCUGAUCUCUUCCUCGCAACCCACAUGGUCUAUAAGGUGUUACAUACACCCCCCGGGACUGAAGGCCCUCGUUGAGGUUUGCCCCACCAUCGCGGAGAGGCUCUGAUACCACUUGUAACAUCCCGAACUUUUUCCCGACAAAGAUAUUGUCCGCUUUGGGCCUUAACCCUCAUGGUUUUUGACUUGGGGUGCAAUUCAAGGUGACUUCCCAUAAGGUCACUCAUCCUUGUUGUACUCCACAUUGAGUACUUUUAACUUUGGAGUUCUCACAAGAACUUCUCCAUUUCACCCCAAAAUGCGUCUUAUCAGUUAAAGCCGUUUUCUUACUUAUGAACUAUGAAUCUCUCCCGUUCUUUGUCGAUGUGUGAUUCGCCUAACGUGUUAUAUGUUCAUUAUUAUUUAUUUUUGUUGUUGGUUUUUACUUUUAAGCCCAAAUCUAUUAGGUGCGAGUUAAAGACGACAGACUAUCAACUAACUAGUUAUCUGGUUUUCCAAAGGCUAGAGAUCGGACCCCUUUCAGCCGAAUUAAAUCUCUUCCCUUUUGAAAAGAUUCCAAUUUCUACUUCUGAAGAAAGAGUCUCCCUGACAACCAAAGAUAUGACAUUUAGCACUGAAAUGGAAAAGAGUAUAGUGGUUGGGAAAGCAGCUCUCAUGCAUUUAUGUCAUUACCAGUCUACGUGCUAUACCCACACCAGCAGUCCUCGGGUUAGUAGUUUUUUACCAAUUCUAGUCAACAUUAGAGUAACUUUUAGGUGCACCCGGUUUUGGGUUUCAAUCAAAACCGCCCGGGUUCCAUCCAAUUCCAGAUGCUCCCUGUUUUCUACACCAUAUCCCAGCUUGCUGCGGUUACAUACAAAAGGGAGGAAAAUAAAGCAACAAAAAGCUAAUUACUAGCUUAGCCUAGCAUGAAGAAACCCAGCCUUGUUGAGGUUCUAAUCUUGGCGAUGAUGGUGGCCCUCCUUUCUCUCACGGCAACAAAAUCUGCGGUAGCUGAAGGCGACGACGACGGGAACGGCGACGGUGGAGGCGGCAGUAGUGCUGCUGUUUCCACCUUCACCAACACGUCACCUUCGCCAGGUCAUUCUUCUCGGGAUGCCGAUCGCCCUCCGUUUCCGGAUCCUGUGAUUUGUAUCUGUUUGCUGAUUAAUAUGCUGACUGUCGCGUUGAAGCUUUGGAAGUCAUACGUGUUAGGCGAGUUGUUCUGAUUUGUGGCCGUUAGUUUGGUUCAUGUAGCUUCACAAAGUAGAUGUCCCGCGCUAAACUGCAUUCACCUCUGUCUCUGUCUCUGUUAGUUUGCACUUCAAACCUCAGUGCUUCAUUGUGCAAUUAAUUUUCUUUGUUUCUUCGCUUGUUUUUUUUUUUUUUGAAGCACUCGGCCUGUGUUUUCUGAUUCAAAAAUUGUAGUAUUUGUGUGUUAAUUAAGUAGCUUGUUCACGGGGAUAUCAAGACUCAAGAGUCGUCAUCAAAUUAAGAGAGAUCAAAAGUAAGUGAGGUUGCUAUGAGAACAAACAAGAAGAUAUGGAACCACAAGCCAAGUACAUGCAUUAUCCCUAAUGUGAGUUUAAUUCAUUAAUAACGAUAUGCGUACUAUCUGUGUGCUCAGCUUUAGGGUUCGUUUGCUUAGCUUGUUGGAUUUGGAUCAUGGAUUUGGUACUCAAAUCCCAAGUUUGAUGGAUUUAACAUAAGUCCAUUGUUUGUUGAAGGGUGCUAAAUCUGUGGGGUCCACGAAUUUGGUCUUUAUUUUUGGAACCAAAUCCGUGGACCCCACGGACUUGUAAAUCUCACAUAUCGAUUUGGGAUUUGCAAAUCCUUGAUGGUUAGUUAUUUAUUUAACAAAUCCAUCAUCAAAUCUAUCAUGCAAACAUUAAACUCUUCAAAUUCAUAAUCCAAUAAAUCCAACAUAAAUUCCAAGAUUUUUAUUGGCCAAAACCCUCAUUUUUCAAGCAAACGACCCCUAAAUAUUGUGAUAUGGAAAUAAGGGUAAAGGUAGAGAGAAAUUUAGAGAAAUAUUGAAGUGUGUGUGCGAAAAUGACGAGAGCUUGGAUUUGGAAGGCCUUAGUCUCUAUUUAGGCUUUCAUUGGGCUUUCUGUUGGUCUUUGUAGUGGCUCUGUGCAUUUGGGCCCGUAUGUAUUGAGUAGACUAUAGUUAUGAUACAGGUUCAGUGGCGCGCGUCAUAUCCUACCGGUCCAACAAUUUAGGAUUUUUUCCCGAAUAUACUUGUUUUUAAAAAAAGUUCUCAAAAUAAGUACGUUUUAUGAAAAAUUCCCAAUCUACAUAUGUUUGCUUGAGAAAAAAGCGGUGAAUAUGCAUAAUUGCGAUUGACGGCCGCGGUGAGUAGGGGUGAACAAACACACCCAUAAACCAACCCACCCGUCCAAUCCGACCCAACCCACCUGUAUUUAUUGCUAAAACGAAGGUUUUAGGUUGGGUGAGGGUUUUCUUUUGUACAACCGGCCUCUAUUGGGUUGGGUUUGGAUUUUGGAUUACAAAACCCGUAGAACCCGACCCAACCCGUGUUCCAACUAUUGGUAGGAGUUCGUAUCCAAAAAUAUUUAUGUCAUAUAUAGCCAUACUUAUGCGAAUAUUAAGAUAUUUCGCCAUGUUUUUCUCUCUUGGUCUCCUUAAUCUAAUGCAUUCUUCGGCUUAAAGUUUAGACAUAAAUUUAAUAUAGCUAUGAUUCACGUAAUCCUUUUUCUUGUGUACAAUUUUAAUAGAAUAACGUAUUACGGGUGCAUUCGUUUAUAACCUUUUUAGCCUAUUUCAACAAAUAUCGUGAAAAAAACUAGACAUAUGUUGAAGUAAAUCACAUUUUAUUAAAACUGAAACAACAUUUGUGAAAUUUGAUACCUUUCACCUCGGUUUAUUCGUUUGAAAUUUAGUUAUUUAUACCUUUCCAACAUUUGUGAAAUUUGAUACCUUUCCAACAUGACAGUCCUGACUCAAAGUAGUUUGGAGUUUCGGCAAUGGAUAGCUGACAUGAAGCUAGUUCAUCAUGUUGUGCAGGGUUCUUGGUUGACUUGGUGGAAUAAGCAAGCAACAAACCCAAUAGCUAAGAGGCUUGACAGAUUCCUAGUUAGUGGAGAGUGGCUGGAUAUAUUUACUAAUAGUGUGGCUCGUACUUUAUCUCCUGGAGUAUCAGAUCAUUGUGGAUUGUUGAUGGAUUCUAGUCCAGAAGUUGAGUCUCUUCCGAAGCCUUUCAAAUAUUUCAAAAUGUGGAGGCAACAUCCAAAGUAUGAGGGGCUGGUAUUAGAAGCAUGGGAUGAGGCAACUUCAGGGGCUUAUUAUAAACAGUUUUAUAGGAAGCUAAAGUUUCUUAAGGAUAAAUUGAAAAAGUUGAAUCGAGAGAGCUAUUCUAAGAUCUCUGCUAGAGCGAGAGAGGCUGAGUUGGAGCUGGCUCACAGGCAAUCUGAAGUUUUGCUUCAUCCUAAUGAGGACAAUACUAUUCUUGAAUUGGAGCAAGCUACCAUCUGUAGUGAAUUACUGAAGGCAGAGGAGAGUCUAUAUCGCCAGAAAUCCAGGGUCAGGUAUGUUCAGGAGGGUGAUGCAAAUACAUCAUACUUUCAUCGAUUGGUGAAAGUAAGAAAUCAUAGGCAAUCUAUCAAAAGACUACUGAAGGAUGAUGGUACAGAGGUCACAACAGUAAAGGAAAUGGGGCAGUUGCAGUGGAGUUCUAUCAACAAUUAUUGGGGAACAAAGAUGUAGUUGUACA